AUGAGGAGAAGAAGCCCCGCUGAGGCUGAGGCCUGCGGCGUGUGGUUGGAUGCCGCGGCGUUGAAGAGACGGAAAGUGCAGACUCGAUUAUCCAAUCCCAUCACCAGAAUGCUGCCUCCAGUUGGAGGUGAGAGAGAAACUAUUGUUGGUUUUACUCAAAGAAGAACUCAACCUGUGGGUACCAGGCAGACUGUCAUUGCAUCAUUUUUUACUUCAAAGUCAGGAAAGGCAAGUGAUGGUGGGCAGGGAAGGCCUUCUCCUGGUACAGCAAGUCAGAGAAGGAAAGAACAAAAAAGAGAUGUGAUGUGGUUGGAUCCUCCUCCAUUGACUCCUGGGAAUCAUUGUGCCCAGUAUCCUGAAACUACAGCGGCUUCAGUCACUAAAGAACCUCAGGAGCUCAUCUGCCCUCCUCCAUCUUCCAAGGAGGUAUCUGACUGUUGCAGAGAGGCAAGACCAGCUGUGCUCAGUAGCCAAGACCAGAAACUGCCUCUGCCCAAGUCAGAGAUUGUAGGUUCUGCUGAGGUGGGUUUUGCCUUCACCCAGAACUCAGAAGACCUUUGUGUGCUAGCCCAUGAAAUAGGGGGUGGGGGGAUACGUUAUAGACCAGGGCAAGAGAAGGAGUGCCUAGUAGAGAGGGCAGAAAGGAAAGUAUUUACUAAAGAAAACAAACAAUUCUCUGUCCUUCCCCAAGGCUCCCAAAAAAGCAAGGCAGGGAAAGGAGAAAACGGGGAGUCCUGGAGGGGAGAGGACACAGAGUUAGUAGAACAAAGAUCCUGCUCCAGUCAGGCCUUUUCUUGGAAUAGUGAGAGGUGUGAUACAGACCUGAGGAGCCAGUUGUUCACAGAGGAUUCUCAGGGCCAGAGGGUCAUUGCUCACUCAUCUCGAGCCCCUUUCCAAGAUGUAGCCAACCUUUUGAGAAAGCCCCUGCAUACAUCCCUCAGUCCCCAGGUUCAAUGCCAGGGCAGAUCUGUGGUGGGCCCCUCUCAGUCAAAUUCCCAACCUGAUAUGCUCUUUACCCAGGACUCUCAAGGAAACAGGGUUAUCAAACACUGCUUCUCUUGA